AUGGAGCCACCAGUAACGAUAGUCCAGCUCCCUCUAAGCGAGCAAAGCUUCGAGCUUCUCCAAAACCAACGACUAGAACUCCUACAGAAAUACAAACACUGUAUCAACCUCGACGAACGUGAUUCCAUCUAUUCCGAGCUAGCGAAGAAUUCCAUCAAGAAAACAAAGUACAGUGUAAAAACCGGCAUGACCGACGAAUAUAGAAGAUACAUCCGAGCAGUUCUGAAAAAAGACAAGGAAGAAUUCGACGAGAUCAACAAGAAACUCGAGCCGAUCGUGCGAUUGACAUUCCAUCCUAACUACGACCCAAAAGCACGCGAUGCAAUUUUGUCGGAGGUUCGAUUCGGUCUCAAGAAGCGUGGGUUCAACCCGGAUAGGAUAUGGAUUGCACCUCAUAAAUUUCCUGAGGAGUGUAUGACCAUCUCGUGUUUGGAUCAGAAGAUGGAGGUUAUGAAGGAUAUCGCUCACGCUUUGAAUACACGCGGUGGAAAGAUUGUGGAGGUCACUCACCCUUGGAAUAAUGUCGAGGAAAAGGCACAGACGGAGAAGAUAUUGGCGGAGCAGAGACAUAUUGCAUUACAACUCUCAUCUUUUCUCCAAGAGGAGGUUAAGAAUGCAUGGGUGUUGGUCAUCUUUGGAGGACUUAUAUAUUUGACAAGACACCUUGGCUUGUUGACACAGGUCUUCUCGAAAAAGGACCCCGAAUCAACGUCAGGAAUACAGCUGGAGCCAAAAAGAACUGAAAAACAAAAGGCUUCGACCACUACACGACUUACACUUCGACCUUUCCGUCCAUUUCUCCCUCGACCUCAUCCGGUCUCCAAUGCCCUUUCUUCGGGUGUCAGCACGUCAACACAAUUCGGUCCUCAACAUAACCGCACAUUUAUGGCUCAGCCUCCACUGGUCCCAAGUACCCGUCAUUCUCGUCCCCUGA